AUGCCCCGUAUCGGCACCAUCCUGAUGACUGUGGUGGGCAUAACCACCUCGAUCGGCGCCUACAUCGCCGAUUGGAAUGAAACCCAUAUCUACAACCCGCGAUGGACCCCACAUGCCAAAUUCCACAACGGCCAGACAAUGUCUAUGGGACUCGUGCUCGGGUUGACGACGCUGUACUACGUCUACCGCUACGCCCCUACGCCCGAUAUCAAAAGCCAUUAUAUCCACGCUGCAGCUUGGACUGGCAGUAUCUAUUGGAUAACUCAGCUGAGCGCUUACCUCUAUCCUGGGACUUUGGCGAUUGAUCCUGAGUUUGGCACCUUUGCGCCGCAACCUUACAUCAUUGGUGCAAUGCUCGUAUUAACUGUGAUUGGGCUGAUGAUGGAGAGAGCGAGAUUGGCGCCGUUGUUGUCCAGUGACGAAAAGCCUGUUUCGAAGAGAUCUUGA